CACCGUCACUGCGCACACGAACGACAGUGUUUUAGUAUGAGUGACUGGGUGAAGUCGGCAGAAGCUCACAGCAUCCGCUCAGUAGCAUUUUGUUUGUUACAAGCAGAUAGUCUGUGCAUAGCACUGUGCAACUCAAUUAGAUUAACGCCGCGUAACAAAGCCGAGUGACGUAACAUCCGACUCAUAAGGCACAGCAACCCUCUGUUUAAGAGCAUACACCGAUUUAGUAUGUUGCGCCAUCCCUUCGUCGAUGUCCUCGCUGACUUUUGAGUGAGAUGCGUGUCAAACAAUCGAAGCUGAAAGUACGCACUGCGGAUGCGGAUGCGAUGCGAAAUCAGUGACAGUCGAUUGGCUGCAAUCAGAGUUGCAAGUAUUUAAACGACGCGAAGCGGACGGAAAUUAAAUAUCUCGAUCGCUUGUCGCCUAUGAGCAGUUAGACACUUCCGAUGCUAGGUCGAUUGGAUUUACGGAUUUUGUUGGCCAUUGUCACCCUCCGCAUCAUGUAAAUUGAUAGUGUCGGCCGCAAGGAAUAUAAGUGUUUGCUCGGCGUCCGCCAGCGCCAUUACAACAAGUGAACGCAUGGUGUAAGGAAUCCGAUAUCGAACUUUGAACUAUCAAGUUAAUACUUAAAAAACAUUGUUUAUCGAAACGUCGUGUGUAUCGAAAACGUGUGUAAAAAUUUGUGAACAACUAAAAAUUUCAAAAAUUUACACAAUUUAAUAAAAUAAGUUUAAAGUGUCUCAAAAUAUAUCCGGCAAAAUGGUGAUGCUUCAGUCACCUGCAAAAAAUGCCGAAGCUUUACCAGCGAAUACCGUCGGUGACCAGCUGAGUCCGAAUUCUAAUCCCGAGUCGCCCAAAUCGAACACAUCACCGGAGAUAGCAUGCAGUAAUGCCGUCGGUGCUGCCACGCCAACGUCUACAAUCGCGGGAUCGUCGUCGACAUCAAAGAUACCGAAAUUCAUUAUUAGUCCACAAUCUCUAUUAGUUACUGACGGUAUUGGCGGUAGCAAUGCCGCCACCAUGACUUCUACCAGCAAAAUGCCCAAUACAAAUGGCGAUAGUCUACGCUAUUCGCUGGAGCGUCUCAAGCAAAUGACUGAACUAAAUGUGGUAAAUCGUCUAAGUCCUACCGCGAAAGCCAGUGAUCCUCCUGAACACGCUGAAAUGGAAAAAUUCAAAAUUAAUAACAAUAAUAAUAAUAACGUUAGCAACUACAAUACUAAUGGUAAUGGCACAAAUUCCAGCAACCAUGAAUCCAACAAUCGUCGAUCAGUUUCACCACAGGCAAUUACGUACCAUAGUCCGCCGUUACGUAAGGCAAUCGAGAGUAACGAUGGUUCGUGCCAACUGACGCGUCCCGAGCCAUUGUCUCAUCCACAUGCGGCAUUGUUGCAACAGCAUCCACAUUUGUUGCAAAAUCCACAAUUUAUUGCCACCGCUGCUGCGCAACACCAUCAUAAUCAGCAUAACCACCAUCAACACCAGCAUCAGCAACAUCACCAUCUCCACCAACUUUCACCAGCAAAUCACACACAUCCACAUCCCCAUCAUCAAUUAGCGGAUUUUCAUCCACUACGUCCACCACUAUCAAACAUAGUCGGUUUGCCGACGACACUACCAGCUGCUUCGAAUUUGCAACGUCUUCCAUCACCAGCCAGUUCACCGCUAUCGCUACCCACAUCACCACAUCAACCGCAUUCCGAACAGCCACAAUUGCUCUCACCCAUGCAACCGCAACAUCAGCACCAGCAACAGCAACAUUCUGCACAACAAACCUUUGGUUCUGCCAACGCCUCCACUGUCAGUGGAAGUGUGGCACUUUCGGCGCAACAACAACAUCACCUACUGUCAACACCACCCUCAUCAAUGCUGCUCAAUGGCCCGCAUACUCUUCCACAUACCACCCCACUGGCCAGUUGUAGUCCGUCAUCAGUACUCACAACGCCACAUGACAUGGAUCUGGAAAGGCUUAAACUGGUUGCGGCACAAGCUGUAGCUGCCCGCUCCACGGUGGGUUUGAGCUCAGCUUCUUCCGCGUCGAGUACCUCCUCCGCCGCCGCUGCUGCCUCUAUGGCUGCCGCAGCGUCGAGUCUGUGUUUGCCGCCGUCGAAUUCUCGACCGGAUCUUAGUGAUUAUGGCUUUCGAAUACAGUUAGGUGGUCUGGCGGCGGCAGCAGCUGCAGCUGCGGCCACUUCACGUCAAAUCGCAGCGGCGCAUUACGCACGCAGUGAUACUAGUGAGGAGUUGAAUGUGGAUGGUAAUGAUGAGGACAGCAAUGACGGAUCACAUGGCACGCCUACGGCCUGUCCGGUUGACCUUAGACGAUCAGUACCAACAUCCGCCUCAACAGCGUCCUCGGCGACAAAUGCUUCAAUGGAGAAAGAGGCCACCAAACGUUUAGCGUUCUCGGUGGAAAAUAUUUUGGAUCCGAAUAAAUUUACCGGCAGAACUGGAUCACUGGGCCAUUAUGGUGGACGUGGUUGGGGUUCAAGCAGCAGUAAUGCAGAUCGUGAUGAUGAAAUGCACGACGAUGAACACAGUGAAGACAUGUCGGCUCACGACCUCAAUGACAUGGAUCAGGAUGACAUGUGCGAUGAUGGGAUGAGUAGCGACAUUGAUGAUCCGGGCAGCGAGACGGACUCAAAGAAGGGUGGCAGUCGCAAUGGUGACGGUAAGUCGCAAGGGGGCAGCGGUGGCGGUUCAAAGCCACGACGUGCCCGCACCGCCUUCACAUAUGAGCAACUGGUGUCGCUGGAGAACAAAUUUAAGACGACGCGUUAUUUGAGCGUUUGCGAGCGACUGAAUUUAGCAUUGAGUCUCAGCCUAACCGAAACGCAGGUGAAAAUAUGGUUUCAAAAUCGUCGCACCAAAUGGAAGAAACAAAAUCCCGGCAUGGAUGUAAAUAGUCCCACAAUACCACCGCCACCGGCGGGAGGCGGUUUCGGACCUGGUGCUUAUGCCAGCAGCAUCCUCUACUCGCACGCCGUGCCCUAUCCACCAUACGGCCCUUACUUCCAUCCAUUGGGAGCACAUCAUCUCAGUCACUCGCACUCAUAAAAUUGCAAGAUGCAACAGCGACUGUUGCAAAUAUUAGAAAUGCGAAAAUAUCAAAAGCGCGACGAACACUCGACUAAGAUGGGCGGCAGUGAGAGCAGAUUGGACAAAUAAAAUACAGCCCUGAGGGCAUUUGAUUGGCUUGGGUUGAGCAACUUAACCGGUGACCCUUUGUAAAAUGUUAUUGCAGUAAUGUUUUGAGACUAGACCACAUAUUCAAUAUACAAUUCUGCUUAGAUUUGUGUAUUACUGUUGCUGCUUUAAAAUGUUAAUGCUUACGAACAUCGAUACAAAAAGAAACUUUAUUUGCUGUCAAUUAUGCACCUCAGACACACAACCCUCUAUUGUAAAUAUGUAUGCUGUGGAAUAUAAUAAGUAUUAAUUUCAUGCUGAAUUUGAAACUGAGGGCAUUGAUUAAAAAUUUAAUACUAUAUUUAGUACCAAAAAUUAAAUUGUGAACAAUGUAUGUAAAUAUAUAAUUCAGACUAUAUAAAUACGUAUGUAUGUUAGGUAAUCAUAAUUAUUGUAGAUAUGUAAAGCUUUAAAUUAAACAUUAGCUUCUAGUAAAAGGCUCUGCUUUUUAUCUCUAAUUGCAAGAAAACUAAAUCCAAAUGUGAAUAAAAUUAAUGAAAACACCAGCGAUCAUUUUUUAAACUAAGUCAAAGAAAAUGAAAAUUAAAAUUAUAAAAUUUAAAAACAUUAAACUACGUAUGUCAUAAAAAUAUAUAA